GCACCAAAUACAAGGAUAAACAAAGACCAAUCUCCUACAUCGCCUUCUGAAGGUGGACUAACUUUUUCAUUUUGGUGCCUGAGUGUGGAAAUCCUUCUGUCGCUCCAAGAACAGGUUUUUCAAAGGAUUAUUAGGCAUUUCUACACAGCUCAUAUUCUGCAACCAUGGAGAGCAGGGAGGGUUCAGUCCUCCACGAUAACCAUGUAGGGAUACUAAGUAGAUAGAUGCACGUGUUGAUGGACAGGAGGUGGAGAUGGAGGCAGAAGAGGAGCAGAUGGAACGGUUAACACACCUGCUGAGAGUGUCUGCCGCUGCGCCGUAGGCUCGAGUGUUUCGAUAAGUUUCUGUUGGUCUGUUUGCAACCGCGAUGGUUCCCGUGGCCGGUGUCAGGGAUUACGCUGCUUGCAGAACAGGUGCACGUGUAGCAUGAGGAUUAGUGGCUGUGAUACACGCAGAGUAACAGACCUUUCAGACAAGACUCUCAAGCUACGACCGCACCGAGAGUUUGCGCUGGAGGAUUAAAGAUAAAGGUUUAACCGGCAUGAUUUGACUGCAAGGGCAGGGAAGCAGCAGGAGAAAGGUUCACCUUCGAAGGUUAUCCAUGGGGGAUGCAAAGUGAGCCUAAAGUCCAAUAAAUACAUCCAAGCCUCGCAGACUCAUCAAUAGACUUCCAAAGUACACAGCCAUGGUGCUGAUGAUGAACAAUCUCGAUUCACUCGAUAAUCUGCCAAGCACUAAAUCCAGUUGAUCUAUGAGCUGCUGCGAUAUUGAUUCGUCUGCAAGGCCAGGAUACAGGCUUGUCUGAUCGCUGCUUAGACGAUCUCUAAUGUAAUUAUAAUCUGUCAUUUAGUCUCACCCUCCAGCAGCUGCUGUGGCGAAUCAGAGAUCUAAUAUUUGUUGUGGUAACUGACAACAGAUCAGGUAAAACCGAUGCACUUCCCGCUGCCUCUCGUCUGUAUGCACUUGCUGUGACGGCAGUUCUGCUGACAGUUUACAAUGAAUUUGUGUGCAGUGAAGCUUGUAGUUGAAAGAUGUGCUGUUUCCCGUCGAUGCUUGUGCAGGUGUGUGGGUUUUUUUGGGACUUGUAUCCCCGGCACACGGCUUAUCUUCGCUCCACAGUAAGGCCUUAAAUAUCCCGGGUAAUUGUAUUAUGGGCAGCUAUCGCCACUACCUUUCACUGCUGCGCUGCUACCAUUUCCCCACUUGGCCAAUUUCAAAGGAGUUAAAUUAGGAAAUCCGUUUAACAAAGCAUUGAUCCUGAAGUGGUGGAGGUGGAAGAGAAGAGAAGAGACGCUAUCUCACCGGCCACACUCAGCAAUUUUUCAACUCCGCUGAGAAAGCUUGUCGUAUGGUGAAAGAUUAGUGACAGUUGAUGCAUAAACUGCAUUAUCAACAACCAGCACAGAAACUCAGUUAAAGACAGUUUUUGCACAAAGUAUUUCCUCCAUGUGUGACUUCUUUCUGGAUUAUUACACUUGAAGUGUGAAUGCAACCCUGCAGAAAAGGACAACAACACAGCAGCCAAUUAAAAACUGGGCAUCUUCUCCGAGUUGCUGUGCUGUGUGUGGCUCCGAGUAGGAGCAGUCUUGUAUUCAACAAUCCCGCGAGUGAGGGUGGGGCUCUCACUGCCGCCAUAGACAAAGACCCUGACAGUGCUGGUGUGAGAACUGAUCAUCUGAGGUGGUUUUGGACCUGCACAUUCAGGCACUGUGUCAAAAAAUAAAUCUCACAAUGGGGUGCAACAUGUGUGUGGUUCAAAAGCCCGAGGAACAAUACAGGGUCAUGUUCCAGAAGGGUCACAUAAGCAGCAUGCUGUGUUCUUUUGAUGCUGACGGUCGAUUGAAGGUGAAUGGGAAGGAACUGUCCCACCUUUCUGGAGAUCCCAUGCUGGAUGACCCCGUGCUGUCCACCAUACUGAAGAGGGGACCCCGCAGACGGACGGGCCCAGCUGGAGCACCCGCUGGGUUCGGGCCUGUUACCAUGGGCGUGGCCGACUGCGUGGAUAGCUGCACCCAGACGGACAUUAGCUUCCAGCAUAUGUUGACUCUAGGAAAGAACAGCCAGCAUCCCUGCAGUGCACCGCCCCCACCUGACCCACCGCCAUCCCCUCCGCUGCCACCCCUGCUGCCGCCCUAUCUGCUCAAUGAACUCCUCAUAGAGCCCGAAUACUACGACCCCACCGACUACUUCGACAUCACGCAGCAUGAAGUGGACCGACAGGAUGAGCUGGAAUAUGAGGAGGUGGAGUUGUAUAAAUCUCAUCAACAGGACAAGCUGGGACUGACAGUCUGCUACAGAACCGAUGAUGAGGAGGAUCUGGGGAUCUACGUAGGAGAGGUGAACCCAAACAGUAUCGCUGCAAUAGAUGGUCGCAUCCGCAAGGGGGACAGAAUAUUACAGAUAAAUGGAGUGGACAUCCAGAACAGAGAGGAGGCAGUGGCCAUUCUCACCAGAGAGGACAGCACGAACGUCUCACUGCUGCUCGCACGACCUGAGCUGGAGAAUGACAACCACCUGGACCCAGAGGAACUAGAACUGGAGACCCUGGACAAUGCUGUCCAUCUGCCCAGCUGCCACAGAUCGAGGAACAGCACUUCCAUCCUGGGCGCCGGGGCCAGCAGCAUUUCCGGUGGAGGCGCACUAAAUGGCUGCUCCCUGGGCCAGGAUUCCCCUGUUUUGCUCCAGACGGUGCUGAGUAACAGUCAGGAACUGGACAGUGGAGUUGGCCGAACUGAUGAAAGCACACGCUACGAGGAGUCUUCAGAACAUGACCUUCUGGGUGAUGACCACACGAGUGCCUCUAAUACCAACACCACAAAUACACCUGGCAGUAUGCGCAAGUUCUUCUCUGGCCGCUGUGACACUCCCCCUUUGCUGCACUCCCAGGACUUCAAGUUCAGCACCGACUCCCUCCUGGGGCUGGACUGUGUCAAUGGAGGAGUAAUGGAGCCGUUGGAGCGAUUGGAGAGGGUCUACAUGGCAGAUCCAGUGAGAAUGAUGAUCCCGGGGCUGACAGAAGAGGAGUGCGAGAGGUAUAAAGAGCUCCUGGAGAUAAAGUGCUACUAUGAGAAAAACAGUAACACCCUGAUGGGAGAGCAGGGAGUUGCACAGGAAGAAGGGGAUGUCUCACUGGAUGUGAAUAGGAAUGAAAACCUGUCGCAGCAUGAAAUGGCUCUUCUGGAAGAGGAACUGCGCCACUUGGAGUUCAAGUUUCGUAACAUCCUGAGAGCACAGAAGAUGCAGCAGCUGAGGGAGCGUUGUCUGAAAGCUUGGCCUCCAGAGGACAAGAAUGUUGUAGGAGUUGGAAUAGGAGCCGGAUGCACUGAUGUUAAUGGAUCAGGGGCCAAUUUGGUCAGUGAGGAAUCCUGUCACCAUGCCCUCUCUGACAUCAACGAGCUCCCAGAGAGGGAGCGCUCAGAUAAGGAUAGUACGAGUGCCUACAACACUGGAGGAGAAAGUUGCAGGAGCACUCCUCUGGCCAAUGAACAGAUUUUGGGAGGAGAGUCUCCUCUUUCAGCAGGUAUGCAUCUUACAACUUCUACAAGGCAGAGAGAGAGAGGAACCAAGUCUGAAAGAGGGGACGGGGUUCAAGGUAACCUCAACCAAAAUUACUCUCCCCACUCUCACAGGAGAGGAGCUGGGGCUAAAACAUCUAGUCCAGGAGCUAAAGUUAGGUCACUGUCCCGAGAUGGAGGAACCAGGGGGGGUUCAGAUGGAGGGAUGAGACAUAACCCCAAAUUUGGAGGGACAGCUGAGAGGGCCGGUGGGCACAGUGCUGACAACAGCCCGUACUUGUCCCGUCGUCAGACUGAAACCAGUCCUCCACAACGAUACCUCAGCUGUAUGCAGCUGAGGUCUUCCUCCACUUCUGAUCGCCUAAUAGGUUUCAGAGAUGCUCCUAGGGAGGCGAAUGUGGAAACCGGGAGUGACAUUAGUCCGAUGAGCCUGGGUAGCACAUGUAAAGAUGUUAACGAGGGGCUGCCUUUACCCUUGUCUCCUCCGUUGCUACCUUCCUCCCCUCGCAUGGAGUGGAAGGUAAAGAUCCGCAGCGAUGGCUCUCGCUACGUGGCCAAACGACCUGUGAGGGAUCGCCUCCUGAAGGCACGUGCCAUGAAGAUCAGAGAGGAGCGCAGUGGGAUGACAACGGAUGAUGAUGCGGUGAGUGAAAUGAAGAUGGGCCGUUACUGGAGCAAAGAGGAACGCAAACAGCAACUGCUCAGAGCCCGAGAGCAGAGGCGGCGCAGGGAGUUCAUGAUGCAGAGCCGCCUGGACUUUCUGCGAGAGCGGGAACGGGAGCAGGGCAGCAGUGGUGGUGGUGGGCAGCAGGGGAUGACACAACAGCAGGAACCACCAUCCAUCCUGGAGCUGUGCCAUCGCAGGAGCAUGAAGAAGCGCAGUCGCAAGAUCUUAGACAACUGGAUCACGAUACAGGAGUUGCUAGCACAUGGGACCAGGUCUCCUGAUGGAAAGAAAAUCUAUAACCCUCUUCUGUCUGUUACCACAGUCUGAGACAGGUAAGGAAAGGGCGGUAAAGAGAGAAGGGCAAGCCAUACUAGUUGGAUUAGGCCUAUUUCAGUUAACUUUGGCUUGAUGUUCAAAUGUCGAAGCAGCAACACUAAGUUCUUUAGUAAUGUUAACGGCAGAACAAUGUAGCAUAUCUGAGGCAAGCUGCAUGCUAAUGUGUUUAAAUGGA